UUUAAAAAAUAAAAUAUGAAGGAUUGAGAGAAGUCAAGAGCAACAAACCCAAUCUUUUGUUUCCCACAGCAUUCCACUCCUCUUCAUCUUUAACCUAACAAUGUCACUCCCAAUACCAAAGUUAAGGUUAUGUCUUUCUUAUUCCAUGUCCAAGUUUUAUCCUUUUCUUCCAAACCCUUCUUCCUUCUCUUCCUUUCACUUACACUAUCACUCUCAGCCUCCUUCACCUGACCAUGACAAUGUUCACGAUGUGGUCUCCCAAUUUCGUAGUAUGUUUCAUAUGCGUCCUGUUCCUCCCAUCUUAGCAUUUGGGCAGAUUUUGGGAUCUCUUACAAGGAUGAAACACUAUUCUACAACUAUUUCCCUUUUUAAGCAAAUGGAGCUCAAUGGAAUUAAGAGUCAUCUUGUCAUUCUCAGCAUCGUCAUCAAUUGUUUCUGCCACUUAGGCCAGAUGCCCUUCUCUUUCUCUAUUCUUGCCAUGAUUCUCAAACGAGGUUAUCAUCCAAAUGUCAUAACCUUAAGUACCCUCAUGAAAGGUCUCUGUCUCAAUGGUGAGGUCAAGAAAGCACUUAUCUUUCAUGACAAGGUAGUAGCACAAGGAUUUCUACUGAACGAGUUUAGUUACGGGACUUUGAUCAAUGGUUUGUGCAAGAUAGGAGAAACCGAAGCUGCCAUCAAGUUGCUCAGAAUAAUAGAAGGCGGAUUAUGUAAGUCUAAUGUGGUAAUGUACGCCACUAUAAUUGACUCUCUAUUCAAAGAUAAUCUUGCAAAAGAGGCUUAUCAUUUGCUUAUUAAAAUGAUGUCAAAUAACAUCAUGCCUGAUGUUUAUAUCUAUAAUAUAAUGAUUGAUGCUUUAUGUAAGGAAGGAAAGAUAAAAGAAGCUAAGAAUGCGCUAGGUGUGAUGGUAAAAGCUUGUGUCAAACCUGAUAUUGUUACUUUUAACACUUUGAUGGAUGGGUAUUUUUUAGUUAGUCAGGUGCAAAGUGCUAAACACAUAUUUAAUGCUAUGACUCAAAUUGGAGUAACUGCUAACGUUAUAAGCUACAAUAUCAUGAUUAAUGGAUUAUGUAAGAGUAAAACAGUGGAUGAAGCCAUGAAUCUCUUUCAGGAAAUGCAUAAGAGGAACAUGGUUCCUAAUACAGUGACUUACACUACUCUUAUAGAUGCAUUAUGCAAAUCUGGGAGAAUAGCUGAUGUUUGGGAUCUUAUUGAUGAGAUGCAUGAUAGAAAUCAACAACUGGAUGUAAUCACUUACAAUUGCUUGAUACAUGCUUUGUGCCAAAACUAUCAUAUAGACAAGGCAUUUGAAUUAUUCAAGACAAUGAUGGAAAAGGGAAUUCAGCCGAGUAUGUACACCUGGAAUAUACUUAUUGAUGGAAUGUGCAGAGGGGGAAGACUUGAGAAGGCACAAGAGACUUUCCAAGAUCUUUUAAUUAAAGGUUAUCCUUUAAACGUACAUAGUUAUACUAUUAUGAUCAAUGGUCUUUGUAAAAAGGGUUUACUUGAUGAGGCAUUGACCUUAUGGUCCAAAAUGGAAGACAAUGGUUGCUUACCUAAUGCAGUAACUUUUGAAAUAAUGAUUACGGCUCUUUUUGGAAAGGAUGAGAGUGAUAAGGCAGAGGCAUUUCUUCAUGAAAUGAUAUUUAGAGGCUUGUUGACACGAUAAAAGGUGAAAUCUCAUUUCUAUAUUUAGUUACAUUUAUGUCUUGCUACAUAAUGUUCUUGAGUGGUUUGUAUAUGUUGUGUGUGUUUGAUCGGAGAAGUGUAACCUUUCUGCAAAUGAUUCUUGUCUUGUUAAGAAUUGGGUGUGAAGAUCGUUCUGUGUAUUUUUUUUUUGUUUUUUUGCAUUGCAUUGUCUGUCAAGACCAAAACCCUGACCUCCCUCCAUAAAUUCUAAUGGCUUUUAUUUUUUUCCAAGUUCAUUUAACUUUCUAGAGGUUCUCUACCACUUAUCAUAAUUGAGGAAGUGUACUAUCAUACUAUAUUACCUUAUUGAUAUUGAUAUUAGUCAUUACAAGUUUCAAAUUAUGUAAGUAAGGUUCAAUACAUUGAAAAGAGGCCCACCGGUAAAUCAAUGUAAUAGAAAUUUUGGAUAUUUUGUUAUCAAGUGGUAGCAUAUGCCAUGGCUCUUUCUGGUUUUUUCUGCAGCAUUCUGUUUUGAAACAUACAGAGGACACAGUGAGGCUUAAAAGACCUCAGAAAACAACAAUUCCUUGGAGACAUAACUAAAUUAAUGGUAUUAAAAACACAACUUUGAGUGGUCUAAAUACGUGUUCAUGGUUUCCAGAGGACAGUGGUCUCUAAAAUCAUGGAGGUGACAACAUAAGGUUGUUUUUAGUUUAGUUUAGAUAUGUUUCUUAUUUUCUCUUCUUUGUUGUUUUCAGUUUACUGAGAACAAUGCUUAAUUCAAGUGUGGGAGAAGGGUAAAUUUUUUUUUUUUCUGUUUACUGUUUUGCUUUACUACUUUUAAAUUCUCUUUAGCUGGUCUGAACAUUUUUACUUUUGUUGUUUUUCAUUCAUUUGUUAAUUUAAAAGCUUAAGAAUCUAAUUGCAUUUUAGAUUUGAUAUGACUCUGAACACUGUUUUGAUGAUUCUUUUUUACUACUUUCUUUCAUAUUUUCUUUUUCAGUUUGUAGUUACUAUGUUGCUUUUUUGAUUUUGUGGUUUUAAUUCUGAAUAUUAGUAGCUUAUUUUAAUUGUUUUAGUUUAUUGUUUGACUUUUUUAGACCAAUAGCUGUAGCUGAAAUAGUAGAGUUCUCGAUGGUUUUGUUUUAAGUUUUCAAUAAGCUUUUGAUCUAGUGAACAUUUAAUCCAAUAAUAAUUAUCUAAUUUAUCUAUCUAUUUUCUCUAUCAGUAUAUAUAAUUUCUCUCGACUAUCAAUUUUAGGUUAAUUUAGAAGUAACUUUAUAUCAUAAUAUAAAUUAUCAAUUACGAAUAUAAAAUAUAAUAUAUAUUCUUAGAAAUGUCUUUUUAUAUAUUUUAAUUAUAAUAUAGUUCAUACACUAAAACUAUUUAUUUUAAAUAUAUAAAAAUAUGUAUGAACCCUAGACAAUGCACAAAAUUUUAAAAAAUAGUAUAUGAAGGAUUGAGAGAAGCCAUGAGCAACAAACAGAAAAUUCACUUACACUGUCACUCUCGGCCUCCUUCACCUGACCAUGACAAUGUUCACAACUCGGUCUCCCAAUUUCGUAGCAUGUUUCAUAUGCGUCCACUUCCUUCCAUCUACCAAUUUGGACAGAUUUUGGGAUCUCUUACAAGGAUGAAACACUAUUCUACAACUACUUCCCUUUUUAAGCAAAUGGAGCUCAAGGGAAUUCAGAGUAAUCUUGUCAUUCUUAACAUCGUCAUCUAUUGUUUCUGGUCUCUGUCUUAAGGAUGAAGUCAAGCAAGCCCUCAACUUUCAUGCAAGGUGAUGACACAAGGAUUUCGACUUGACGGGGUUAGUUAUGGGAUUUUGAUCAAUGACUUGUGCAAGGUAGGAGAAACCGAAACUGCCAUCAAGUUGUUCAGAAUAAUAGAAGGCGGAUUAUGUAAAUCUAUUAUGGUAAUGUUUGCCACUAUAAUGGACUCUGUAUUCAAAGAUUAUCUUGCAAAAGAGGCUUAUGAUUUGAUAAAUAAAAUGAUAUCAAAUAACAUCAUGCUUGAUGUUUAUAUCUAUAAUAUAAUGAUCGAUCCUUUAUGUAAGGAAGGAAAGAUAAAAGAAGCUAAGAAUUUGCUAGGUGUGAUGGUGAAAGCUUGUGUGAAACCUUGUAGUGUUACACUUACAUUUUAAUGGAUUGAUAUUCCUUAGUUAACGAGGUGAAAAGUGUUAAACACAUAUUUAAUGCCAUGACCCAAAUUGGAGUAACUCCUAAUGUUUACAGUUACACUAUCAUGAUUAAUGGAUUAUGUAAGAGUAAAAGAGUGGAUGAGGCCAUGAAUCUCUUUCAGGAAAUGCAUAAGAGGAACAUGAUUCCUAGUACAGUGACUUACAAUUGAAAGUUUCUUAAUGCUAUGACUUAUCACUUUAUUAAGUUAUGAGGUGCCUCCAAUUGAUAGUUUCUUUAGAAAACUGCAAUUAAAUUAACAAGCAGUAAACGGUGGUAUUUUAAAAAUACAGUUCUUUGUGGGAUUAUAAUCUGCAUAAGAACAUUCUGAACACAAAUGGAAUUCAUAUGCAACUAUAUCAAAAUUAGAAAAUUAGUAUCAUAGAAAUUUGUUUUUGAUUUGUAUGUGAUAACUUCUCCCUUUUUUAUUUCUUGCUUCCGACUUCUUUCCUUUUUUGCUUUUCAAUUUCUGAAAAUUUUAGGUGAUCUGCAGUGAAACUAUAACAGUCCCCUGAUACACAUUGGGGGACUGGGACUUCAUCAUAAGCGUGAAGUUGUGUUCUAUGUCACUGUCCCAUAUAUAUUCUAGAUAUAUUUUUUUUUAUGCUUCUUGUAUCUAUGGUUUACAUCUAUUAUGAUUGCCUAUACGUUGCUGUCUUAUAUAACUGAUAAUGUUUU